UGGGAGGAGCAGAGCGAGGUCCCCCUCAAGGUGCCGGUGGAGGUGGUGGGCCAGGGGAAGCUGGGGGACGUGGCCCUGCUGGCCAGCAUCGAUCAGCACUGCCCCACCGCGCGCCUCUGCAACCUGGUCUUCAUGCCCGCCUGGUUCAGCCCCGUGGUGUACAAGACGACCUCCGGCCACGUGCAGUUCGACAACUGCAACUUUGAGAGCGGGCAGCUGCGGAUCCACGCGCCGGGCACCUGCCAGGUGAAGUUCUGCACCUUCAGCCAGUCCAGCGUCCACUUGCACAGCGUGGCCCUCGGCCUGCUGGAGAACUGCGAGUUCCUGGGCAGCGAGACCGCCUCGGUCACCGUGGAGGGGCCGCCCCCCUCGACGACCUCCGGCCACGUGCAGUUCGACAACUGCAACUUUGAGAGCGGGCAGCUGCGGAUCCACGCGCCGGGCACCUGCCAGCGGGAGCUGGCGCUCCGCACGCUGCCGCAGGAGCUGCAGCGGGACAGAGAGGCCCAGGCCCUGGCCAGCUCCCUGCAGGGCUGCCUCAUCCGCAAGUGCCUGUUCCGGGACGGGGGGGGCGGGGUCUUUGUCUGCUCGCAGGGCCGCGCCAGGCUGGAAGGGAGCGUCUUCCGGGAGCUGACCUACGCCGUGCGCUGCAUCCAGAGCAGCAAGGUGGUCAUGCUGCAGAAUGACAUUCACCACUGCAAAGCCUCCGGGGUGUUAACCACCACCCCCUCCAACGGCGAGGCGGGGGUGGAUAUCCGCAAGGGAGCCAACCCGCUGAUCCUGUGCAAUCAGAUCCACAGCGGCCUUCGCUCCGGCAUCGUCGUCCUGGGCAACGGGAAGGGCGUCAUCCGGAGCAACCAGAUCUACGGGAACCGAGAAGCCGGCGUUUACAUCCUGUACAACGGGCACCCCGUGGGGAGUGGGAACCAUAUAUUCCAGGGCCUAGCUGCCGGGGUGGCAGUGAACGAGAAUGGAAGAGGCCAGAUAAUAGAAAACGUCAUUCGUGAAAAUCAGUGGGGAGGGGUGGACAUCCGGCGCGGGGGGGACCCCGUCCUCAGAAGCAACCUCAUCUGCUGCGGCUACUCGGACGGCGUGGUGGUCGGAGAACGAGGCAAGGGGCUGAUCGAAGGAAACACCAUUUACGGGAACAAAGGCUGUGGCGUGUGGAUAAUGGCUUCCAGCCUCCCUCAUGUCACCAACAACCGCAUCGGCCACAACAGCAUCUACGGCGUGGCGGUGUUCUGCCGCAAGGACGAGGCCGACGACUACCCCGCCGGCCAGGGCGGCCACGAGAGCUUCGGCGAGGAGGGAGAGGCGGCCGCCUGGGAGAGCGACUUGGAGAGCGAGGACGAGCGCUUCGCCUCCCGGCGGCCCCUCAGCGUGGCGCUGGUGGAGUCCAACAGCAUCAGUCACAAUGGCGCCGCCGGCCUGUACGUCAAGAGCAGCGAGGCCCUGAACGUCAUCGGCAACGCCAUCCACGCCAACCGCGAGGCCGGGGUGGCCGUGCUGCAGAGCGGCCAGCUCACGCGCAUCGCCAACAACAGCAUCUCCUGCAACAGCCGGGGCGGGGUGCUGGUGGAGAGCGCGGCCCGGGUGGAGCUGCGGGGCAACGGCAUCUACGACAACCGCAGCCACGGCAUCGCCUCCAAGGGCGACGGCCUCGUGGUGGAGAACGACAUCCUCGGCAACCGCGGGUGCGGCCUGCGCCUGCUACAGGCGGCGGACAUGAAGGUGGGUGUCCAGGGUCACGCGGAGCCCGGCGCGCAGCGGGAAGUCCGGGGCUCCCGACCGGCCUCUCCUGCAGUGUGUAACAGCGAGAAACCCUCCGGCCCGGCCUCACCUCGAGGGAACGCGCAGAAAGGCCCCACCGUGUCGACCAGGAUCGCUGCACGGAUGGACAGGGACUGCCACAGUGAGGGCAGCAUCUUCUGCACUCUCCUUUGACUCCGGGGAGCUGCUUCACCUCUCCCCUCCGCUCGUGCCACGGGCCACACCUGGCUGGGAAGCGCCUCCUGCAAGACCUUUCAGCCAGGGCACCACGCUCUAAUCCCCGUGGCUCCCGAGACGUGGCGCGCACACCAGCAGUGGCGGGGGGACGCUGCCCUCUGCGUCUCGCUGCUGCUUUCGUGAGCCAUUCAACCAGCGACGCCUUGGACA